AUGUCUUAUGAGGAUUAUCAAUACAAUGAGACAUUGACUCAAGAAGAUUGUUGGACGGUGAUCUCGUCGUUUUUUGAGGAGACGUCGCUGGCUCGUCAGCAGUUGUUCUCUUUCGAUGAAUUUGUCCAAAAUACUAUGCAAGAGAUUGUCGACGAUGACUCUACAUUGACUUUGGAUCAAUAUGCUCAGCAUACAGGUGCUCAAGGCGAUGUUACUCGUCGUUACGAAAUUAAUUUUGGACAAAUUUAUCUCUCGAGACCUACUAUGACAGAAGCCGAUGGCAGUACAACUACUAUGUUCCCACAAGAAGCUCGACUUCGUAAUCUUACUUACUCUUCUCCUCUCUACGUGGAUAUGCGUAAAAAGGUCAUGGUGGCUGCUGACUCAAACGUCCCUAUUGGUGAGGAAGAAUGGCUCGUUGAAGAAGAAGAUGAAGACCCUUCAAAGGUUUUCAUUGGAAAAAUUCCUAUUAUGUUACGCUCUACCUUUUGUAUUUUGAAUGGUGUUAGCGAUGCCGAGCUUUAUGAUCUUAACGAAUGCCCAUACGAUCAGGGUGGGUAUUUCAUUAUUAAUGGUUCAGAGAAGGUUAUUAUUGCACAGGAACGGUCUGCUGCUAAUAUCGUUCAAGUUUUUCGUAAAGCUGCUCCUAGUCCAAUUGCUCUUGUUGCCGAAAUCCGGUCUGCUGUUGAACGGGGCAGUCGAUUAAUUUCUUCUAUGCAAAUUAAGUUAAUGGCUCGAAAUGCGGAAAAUUCCGGUCAAACUAUCCGAGCUACUUUACCGUAUAUUCGUAGUGACAUUCCUAUCGUCAUUGUCUUCCGUGCAUUAGGUGUCGUGCCAGACCGUGAUAUCUUAGAACACAUCUGUUAUGAUCCAAAUGAUUUGCAAAUGCUGGAAAUGAUGAAACCAUGCAUUGAAGAGGCUUUUGUUAUUCAAGACAAAGAUAUCGCAUUAGAUUUUAUCGGUAAACGUGGUAGCACAACUGGUGUUACUCGAGAAAAACGUCUUCGUUAUGCUCAUGAUAUUCUGCAGAAGGAAUUAUUACCCCAUAUUACUACCAUGGAAGGUUUUGAAACUAGAAAAGCAUUCUUUUUGGGUUAUAUGAUUAAUCGUAUGCUUCUUUGUGCGCUGGAACGCCGUGAGCCUGACGAUCGUGAUCAUUUUGGAAGAAAGCGUUUAGAUCUUGCUGGUCCUUUGCUAGCAUCUUUGUUUAGAAUGCUCUUUAGAAAAAUGACUCGUGAUGUUUAUAAGUACAUGCAGAAAUGUGUCGAAACCAACCGCGAGUUUAAUCUUACUUUGGCUGUGAAAUCCAAUACAAUAACUAACGGUUUACGUUAUUCUUUAGCAACCGGUAACUGGGGUGAUCAAAAGAGAAGCAUGAUGAACAGAGUCGGUGUUUCACAAGUCCUUAAUAGAUAUACAUUUGCCUCUACCCUAUCUCAUUUGCGUCGAACCAACACUCCUAUUGGGAGAGAUGGUAAACUUGCAAAACCCCGUCAACUUCACAAUACCCAUUGGGGUAUGGUUUGUCCAGCUGAAACACCAGAGGGACAAGCAUGCGGCUUGGUAAAGAAUUUGGCACUUAUGAGUUACGUUUCAGUCGGUUCACCGGCUGCACCUAUCAUUGAAUUUUUGGAAGAAUGGGGUUUGGAAAGCUUAGAAGACUAUAAUCCUUCGGCAUCUCCGAAUGCUACUAAAGUGUUUGUUAACGGUGUUUGGUUGGGUGUGCAUCGUGACCCUGCUCACUUGACAGACACUUUGAGAAGUUUGCGUCGGCGUCUAGAUAUUUCAGCGGAAGUUAGCAUUGUUCGAGAUAUUAGGGAAAAGGAGCUUCGGCUGUUUACUGAUGCUGGCCGUAUUUGUCGUCCAUUAUUUAUUGUCGAUAACGAUCCUAAUAGCGAAACCAGAGGAGAACUCUCUAUCCGUAAAGAACACGUUCAGCAAUUAAUUGAGGAUCGUGACCGUUUCGAUAUUGAUCCAGAACAAAAAUUUGGCUGGACUGCUUUGGUUUCAAGUGGAUUGAUUGAAUAUUUGGAUGCCGAAGAAGAGGAAACAGUAAUGAUUGCUAUGACUCCGGAAGACCUUGAAGCUUCUCGCCAAAUGAAUGCAGGCUACGAAGUAAAAGAAGAAUUAGAUCCGGCUCAAAGAGUAAAACCUGCUCCUAAUCCCCACGUGCAUACUUAUACCCAUUGCGAAAUUCAUCCGGCGAUGAUCCUUGGUAUUCUAGCAAGCAUCAUUCCUUUCCCAGACCACAAUCAGUCGCCUCGUAAUACUUACCAGUCAGCAAUGGGUAAGCAAGCUAUGGGUGUUUACUUGACCAAUUACCAAGUUAGAAUGGAUACAAUGGCAAACAUUUUGUAUUAUCCUCAAAAGCCAUUGGCAACAACUCGAUCUAUGGAAUAUCUUAAAUUCCGAGAGCUACCUGCUGGUCAGAAUGCUAUCGUUGCCAUUUUGUGUUACAGUGGUUAUAAUCAAGAAGAUUCUAUCAUUAUGAACCAAGCUAGUAUUGAUCGUGGUUUAUUCCGCAGUAUCUUUUACCGAACCUAUACAGAUCAAGAAAAGAAAAUUGGUAUGACUGUCAUGGAAGAGUUUGAACGUCCCGCUAGAUCUACCACUCUUCGAAUGAAGCAUGGUACUUAUGACAAACUUGAAGAUGACGGUCUAAUCGCUCCUGGAACUCGUGUAUCAGGAGAUGAUAUAAUUAUCGGAAAAACAGCACCAAUACCCGUGGACAAUGAAGAAAUGGGGCAACGAACUCAGUUGCAUGCUAAACGUGAUGUUUCAACUCCACUUCGUAGUACUGAAAGUGGUAUUGUAGAUCAAGUAUUGGUAACUACAAAUCAAGAAGGUCUCAAAUUCGUCAAGGUCAGAAUGCGCAGUACCAGAGUUCCUCAAAUUGGUGAUAAGUUUGCUUCUCGACACGGUCAGAAAGGUACAAUUGGUAUGACUUAUAGACAUGAAGAUAUGCCUUUCUCAGCACAAGGUGUUGUGCCUGAUGUCAUCAUUAAUCCUCAUGCUAUUCCAUCUCGAAUGACGGUUGCACAUUUAAUCGAAUGUCAACUAAGCAAAGUAUCUGCCUUGUCAGGUUUUGAAGGUGAUGCUACACCUUUUACUGAUGUUACUGUAGAAGCGGUUUCAAAACUUCUGCGUUCUCAUGGCUUUCAGUCUCGUGGUUUUGAAGUUAUGUAUCAUGGCCAUACCGGAAGAAAGCUAGUCUCGCAAGUAUUCCUCGGCCCAACGUAUUACCAACGUUUAAAGCAUUUGGUGGAUGAUAAAAUUCACGCUCGUGCUAGAGGACCAGUGCAGAUUUUAACCCGACAACCAGUUGAAGGACGUUCCCGAGAUGGUGGUUUACGUUUCGGUGAAAUGGAACGAGAUUGUCAAAUUUCCCAUGGAUGCAGUAGUGUUAUGCGAGAGCGUUUGUUUGACUGUUCAGAUGCUUAUAGAGUCGUGGCCUGCGAUUUAUGUGGCUUGGUAGCUAUUGCAAGUUAUAAAAAGAACUCUUAUGAAUGCCGUUCUUGUCAAAAUCGCACGAGAUUUAGUCAAAUCUAUCUUCCUUAUGCCGCUAAGCUACUUUUCCAAGAAUUGAUGUCUAUGAAUAUUGCUCCUCGCCUAUUUACUAAAAAUCACAAAAUUUAA